CCCGGCCGAGUGCAUCCGAGGGAAGCCAUGCGCUCACCACGUUACCCUUUGUAAGAAGAUAGCAGCACUCUUUGACCUCCCCGAGUGUGAGUGCGUAGUGCUUUGUCCAUAUCCCAAUCCCAACCACGGUAACAAGCAGGACACUCGCGAUUCGACAGCCUCUGCUGCCGAGCCCUUGCACAAUCGAACAACUCCUUCCCGCCCACCAUGACGAAGCCGUCCGCCGCGCUCCGGCGCCUCGAUAGGGUCUUGUCCGCAUCAAGGCUCAAAGCCGACAUGCCUCGUCACGCCUGUGCUGCCACAUCAUGCUCACAAUUGCGGAGGAGGCAGUACUCGACACACGCGCCUAAUGCGAGGCUCAACAAGCCCAUUGACUACUCCACCACGCCUCUGCUCGCUCACAGCUCUCAGGCGGCGCUGAGCAGCCAUGAGCUGUCGCCCGAGGUCAAGAACGGCACGACCAAGAAGAUGAACCUGUUCCAAGCGAUCAAUGACGCCAUGGCAAUCGCGCUAUCCGAGGAUGAGAACGUCGUCAUCUUUGGCGAGGAUGUCGCUUUUGGUGGUGUAUUUCGCUGCACAAUGAAGUUGGCAGACGACUUUGGGAGCCAGCGCGUGUUCAACACGCCCCUGUCAGAACAAGGUCUCAUGGGCUUUGGUAUCGGAUUGGCAGCACAGGGCAUGCGGCCCAUUGCCGAGAUUCAGUUCGCCGACUACGUCUACCCAGCUUUCGACCAGCUCGUCAAUGAGGCAGCAAAGUUUAGAUACCGCGACGGCACGUGUGGCCGGAGCGCUGGUGGGCUGACUGUCAGAAUGCCUUGUGGUGGUGUUGGUCACGGUGCGCUCUACCACUCACAGUCCCCCGAGAGCUUGUUCACACACAUUCCCGGUCUGCGGGUCAUCAUGCCCAGGUCGCCGCUUCAAGCGAAAGGUCUUCUCUUGUCCGCGAUCAGAAGCAACGAUCCGUGCAUAUUUAUGGAGCCAAAGAUUCUGUACCGCGCUGCUGUCGAGCAGGUCCCCACCGGGGCGUACACGCUUCCAUUGUCGAAGGCUGAGGUCUUGAAAGAGGGCAAGGACGUGACGAUAAUAUCCUAUGGUCAGCCGUUGUACAUCUGCAACGAGGCGCUCAAGAAGGCAGAGGAGGAUCUCGGUGUCUCAGUUGAGCUCAUCGACCUGCGGACGUUGUACCCUUGGGACAAGGAGACUGUCUUUAAGAGUGUCCAAAAGACUGGUCGUUGCAUGGUAGUCCACGAAGCCAUGAUCAACGCUGGUAUUGGUGCCGAGGUUGCCGCCGCGAUCCAGGAGGACAGCGAGACGUUCCUCCGGCUGGAAGCUCCAGUGGCUCGUGUUGCAGGCUGGAGCAUCCAUACGCCCUUGAUGUUUGAAAAGUUUAACGCUCCCGAUGUUUCCCGCGUAUACGAUACGAUCAAAAAGUUGACCAACUUCUAAACGGUGGAAGGGCGUUAGAGAAAGUCAGAAAGUCAGGAUGAGGUUCGGGUCAAUUGGGUCGACGAGCGCGGACCACCACACGUCAAAACUUAGAGUCGGCAAAAGCACCGGAAGAUUCCUGCAUAAGCCCCGCUAGAGUAUUUCAAAAGACCAAAAUCAUCUGGCCAAAA